GAGGGGUAAUAAAAUUCCUAGAAAGAUUAGGUGUGUGAUUGAAAAUCCGACUCAAGUUGGAGGUACUUGUGCCUUUUCCCACAAAUUACGGAGUACAGUAACAUAAGAGCAGAAUAGAGUGCUCUAUGCUUAGUCUACGAGUCUCUAUCUUUGCAGUUUGCUGAGGAGUUUGGCACCUGCCUAUCCCAAGGAGACCAACCACUUCCGUGGCACAAUGGAAAAUUAUGAUCAUCGAUUUCAACGAACUGAUCAGUGGAUGCCUGUUUAUUCCUGGUUAGAGACUCUAGACACGGAUGAGGUGGUUAAAUCAAAAGAAAUUAUAGACUGGCUUACUGAGAAUCCUGAUGUGAGAGAACAAUUAAAUUCAAGGCAUUCGCGUUACCAUUUGAUGCAUUACAUAAAAAAAUGCCACAUGAAAAUUCUGAAGAGAAAGGAGAAGAAGAAGGGACCAGAAUUCACCAAAAACAUGUCUUUGUCAGAAGUUCAGGAAAGUGAAGAGGUGAAGAAAUCUGUUCCACUUCAAACUGCAGCUAAUUUGAGCACAGUACCUAAGGACAGCAAAAUCUAUAAAGCAAAGCAAACAGAAGCUUUGCAAAAAUAUGAGAUUCUAGUGGAGUUGGAGAAACAACUUUCGAUGCACUUGCCAAAGCCAACUUGAGAGGAAACUGAUCACUGCAUGGUCAACAUGCAGAGUAGCAUGGAUUUCAAGCUGAUUUUGCACAUUGAUUCAAUUCAGUAGACCGAGUAAUAGAGGCAGAAUGGUGGAGUUUUAGUGUAAUGACUAUAAUUACAAUUCCGGUUUUGCUGGCCCAAUGCUUUGUUUCAUCAAUUCUGCAAAUUCCCGCGAUGACAUAUAGAAACUAGUUUUAGAAACUAAUUUCUUUUGUAAUUGUUGCUUUUGCUCCCCACCCCGCACUUGCCCUUUCUCUCACUUCGAUCUCCCUGUCCUUUUUGCCAAAUAUCCUUGAUUCUAUGGUAAUGUAAGAAGUACGGAAUAUUAAGUUGGCAAUUAGUUCAUCCGCCAAUUCUCAUAUGUAUAAAAUGUCUUGCUAGUUUUUAAUGCCUCAAAAA